AAUAGUGAGCACGAACCAAAUAAUUAACUUCUCUUCUCUCCAAAAAAUGGCAAGUUAUUUUAGACUUUCAAAACCUUUGAUUAUGCUAUGGUUAACCUACAUAGUGGUCACACAUGCAGAAUCACAACCAUGGUCAUUACUCCAAGCACCAAAAGAGCUAACCCUAAAGCUUAUUCGUGACCCCGUGACCCUUUCACUAGCUUCAACAGAUUAUGGCCACAUAGUUCAUGACAACCCUUUUGCAAUUUUCGCACCAUCCUCCAUUAGUGACAUAUCCGACUUGAUAAAAUUCUCAAAUUCUCUGCCCAUCCCUUUCACCAUAGCUCCUAGAGGGCAAGCACACUCGGUUCAUGGACAAGCCAUGACAAGUGAUGGCGUUGUGAUGAACAUGACCGAGUUGAACGAGUUUAGAAAUGGUGCUGGAAUUGUUGUAGUGUCUGAUGAUGCAAGUGCUCCAUAUGCUGAUGUGGGUGGUGAACAAAUUUGGAUUGAUGUGUUGCAUGCAACACUUGAACGUGGACUCACACCCCUCUCUUGGACUGAUUACUUGUUCUUAUCGGUUGGUGGAACUCUCUCCAAUGCCGGCAUAAGUGGCCAAACAUUUAGGUUUGGUCCUCAGAUUUCCAAUGUUCAUGAGUUGGAUGUUGUUACAGGGAAAGGAGACCUAGUGACUUGUUCUGCGGAGAACAACUCAGAGUUGUUUUACAGUGUUCUAGGAGGUUUAGGUCAAUUUGGGAUUAUAACGAGAGCAAGAAUAGCCCUUGGCCCCGCACCAACCAGGGUGAAACGGCUCCAUUUGUUUUACAACGACUUUUCUGCAUUUUCUGGAGACCAAGAACACUUGAUUUCAUUCAAUGGAAGAAAUGAGACUAAUGCAGCUGAUUAUAUAGAAGGGUUCCUUAUGCUAAAUCAGUCACCAUUGGAGCUUUCUUUUUAUCCAGAAUCUGAUCGUCCUCGCAUAACUUCCCUUGUAACUCAAUACGGAAUCAUCUACAUCAUAGAGCUUGUCAAAUAUUACGACAAUAGUUCUCAAGAACAUGUUGACGAGGAUGUCAAACUUUUGGUCGAGGGGUUGAAGUUUGUUCCUACGUUUAUGUUCGAAAAAGAUGAAUCGUACGAAGAGUUCCUAAACAGAGUUCAUUCUGACGAGCUUAUACUAAGAUCACAAGGGCUUUGGGAGGUUCCUCAUCCUUGGUUAAACCUCUUUGUUCCAGGAUCUCGAAUCUCGGAUUUCGAUGAAGGUGUGUUCAAGGGCAUUAUUCUGAAGCAAAAUAUUAAAGCAGGACUUGCCAUAAUCUACCCCGUGAACCAAACCAAGUGGGAUGAUAAGAUGUCAGCAGUUACACCUGAUGAAGAAGUUUUCUACGUGGUGUCACUUCUUCAUGCAACUGGGUUUGAUCAGUUAGAGGAAUUUCAGGCACAAAACCAACAGAUAUUACAGUUCUGUGUGGACUCUGGUAUUGGUAUAAAGCAGUAUCUUCCACAGAACAAAACACACAAUGAAUGGGAGAAACAUUUUGGCCCGAAAUGGAAAAUUUUCAAUCAAAGAAAAGCUCAGUUUGAUCCCAACAGAAUUUUGUCACCCGGACAGGGGAUUUUCAAUUAAAUAAAAAAUAGUCUAUGAUUCAAUUUCCCAUAUUUUAUCCUAAUUUGUUGUACAGGUUAUCAAAAGUAGUUUACCAGUAUGUUUGUAUUUUAUGAAUAUUUGAAUGUCUGUAUAGGGCUUAACUGGCUCAAAACUUCAUACAUGUACCAAAUAAAGACACUAUAAAUAUAACGCAUGUCACCAUAUAUUUCUGUUCGGA